GGGACCUAAGCAAGAUAGGUUCUAAGGAAAAACAAGCUCAGCUUCAGGCCCAGGCCGGGGACCCCUCGGGUCCUUGUUCAAGUCCUUUAGUGUCCAAUGUGCGCACGCGCAGAGCCACGCCGCCACAACGCCCCAGUGUGUCGUUCCCCCGCCCAGGCGGGUUGGGCGGAGCUGCGCUUCGCGGCCCUCGCCCCCCUAGCCUCUCGUGGCAGGCUCGUUGCGCCUGGGCAGCCCGAUGCGUAAGUGGAGGCGGAUCUUUUCCCGCCCCUCCGUUGGCUGCGGCAGCGGCGCUGCUGCGAUGGCGGCCCUGGUUGUAAACAAGCCUGGAGCCGGCAUCGAGAGCAGCAAGCACGGCGCCCGGGGCCCCGCCGCCGUGAAGGUUCUAGAAUGUGGAGUUUGUGAAGAUGUGUUUUCUUUGCAAGGAGACAAAGUUCCACGCCUGCUUUUGUGUGGCCACACUGUCUGUCAUGACUGUCUUACACGCCUUCCCCUCCAUGGAAGAGCAAUUCGCUGCCCAUUUGAUCGACAAGUAACUGAGCUAGGAGAUUCAGGUGUCUGGGGAUUGAAAAAAAAUUUUGCAUUGUUGGAGCUUUUGGAACGACUACAGAAUGGCCCUAUUGGUCAAUAUGGAACAACAGAAGAAGCAGUUGGAUUAUCUGGAGAGAGCAUCAUUCGCUGUGAUGAAGAUGAAGCCCAUGUUGCAUCAAUGUAUUGCACUGUUUGUGCUACUCACUUGUGUUCGGAGUGUUCUCAGCUUACUCAUUCUACAAAGACCCUCGCAAAGCAUAGGCGUGUGCCUCUGGCAGAUAAGCCUCAUGAGAAGACCAUGUGCUCCCAGCACCAGGUGCAUGCCAUAGAGUUUGUUUGCUUAGAAGAAGCUUGUCAGGCCAGCCCUCUUAUGUGCUGUGUCUGCAAGGAAUAUGGCAAACACCAGGGUCACAAGCAUUCAGUAUUGGAACCAGAAGCAAACCAGAUACGGGCAUCAAUUUUAGACAUGGCUCACUGCAUACGAACUUUUACUGAAGAAAUCUCAGAUUAUUCCAGAAAAUUAGUUGGAAUUGUUCAGCACAUAGAAGGGGGAGAACAAAUUGUGGAAGAUGGAAUUGGAAUGGCCCACACAGAACAUGUACCUGGUACUGCCGAGAACGCUCGAUCCUGCGUCCGAGCCUAUUUUUCUGAUCUACACGAAACUCUGUGUCGUCAGGAAGAAAUGGCACUGAGUGUUGUUGAUGCGCAUGUUCGAGAGAAACUGAUUUGGCUGAGGCAGCAGCAGGAGGACAUGACUAUAUUGUUGUCACAGGUUUCAACAGCCUGUCUCCACUGCGAAAAGACUUUGCAGCAGGAUGACUGCAGAGUGGUCUUGGCAAAACAAGAGAUUACCAGGUUACUUGAAACGUUACAGAAACAGCAGCAGCAAUUUACUGAACUUGCAGACCAUAUUCAGUUGGAUGCUAGUAUUCCUGUCACUUUUACAAAGGAUAAUAGAGUCCACAUUGGACCUAAAAUGGAGAUUCGGGUUGUCACUCUAGGAUUAGAUGGUGCUGGAAAAACGACCAUUUUAUUUAAGUUGAAACAAGAUGAGUUCAUGCAGCCCAUUCCAACAAUUGGUUUUAAUGUGGAAACUGUAGAAUAUAAGAACCUAAAAUUUACUAUUUGGGAUGUAGGAGGUAAACACAAAUUAAGACCAUUAUGGAAGCAUUAUUACCUCAAUACACAAGCUGUUGUAUUUGUCAUCGAUAGUAGUCACAGGGACAGAAUAAGUGAAGCACACAGUGAACUUGCAAAGUUGUUAACGGAAAAAGAACUGAGAGAUGCUUUGCUGCUGAUAUUUGCAAAUAAACAGGAUGUUGCAGGAGCACUUUCAGUAGAAGAAAUAACAGAACUUCUUAGUCUACAUAAGCUCUGCUGUGGUCGAAGCUGGUAUAUUCAGGGCUGUGAUGCACGAAGCGGGAUGGGACUAUAUGAAGGACUAGACUGGCUUUCAAGGCAACUUGUGGCUGCGGGUGUGCUGGAUGUGGCUUAAAUCCACCUACAGCCAUUGUUGAAAGUGUGUGGUUAACUGUUGUUUGCACAUGACAGAUUGUAAGAAAUUCUGCAUCUCGAAGAUGGCAGUUAAUCCAGGAUUGUGUUUACAGAACAAAAUGUUUGUAUCUUCCAUUGGGAAUUCAGUUCUUUUCUAUACUCUUGAGAGUAAACUAAAAUGUUUUCCCUAGUAGAUUAAGUUGGCUAUGAGGGUACCUUGACUUCACAUCUUUUUAGGUGAAUUUGGACAUUUGAGUUUUCAGUGCAUUCGCUUGCUAGUAUGUCGGAACAAAAAGGAGAAAGGUUAAAUUACACAUUAGAUUACUGUCCUCUUUUUAUGUUGAACAUUAGUCAUGCAAUUAGAAUAGUACAGCUUAUUUUUCAGUUAAUUUUCAUACUGUUUCUCUCCUGAAAAGAAGAGUGACUUAAUGAGACCAAAAGCAAAACUGUACCUUCCACCAAAAUAAGACUCUUCAACCUGACUUUUUUAUGUUCAGUGAAACAAAAAACCUUUAACUCUAAAAAUUAAACUCUAAAAUUAUAAAAAUAUUUUAUACUUAUUUCUUUAUUAAAAACCUAAGCUAAAGUAUAAUACUUUAUAUUAUAAUACAAUGAGACUUAAUAAAAAUUUUAUCUGCGUAGUCUGUAGAUCAGGACUGGUUUUAUUGUACAGGCAAAAUGAGCACUUGUUUGGGUUAUAGUAUGUAUGCAUAAUAAGCUGUGAAGGUCAGAUGAUUUCUAGUUCAUCUGUAAUUAUGAAAGAUCCAUGGUCAGGCCUGAACCUAGGUAAGCUGUUUGCUGCUUUCUAGGACAGAGCCCAGGAUUGGUGGUCCUUUCUGUUUUCAAUAUCCCUUACAUGGUUUCGUAAAAAGCUAACUUGCAUCUUUGAUGUAGCACUCAUCAGCAUAAGCUGCUUUUUGUCAUGACUAUAUUUAAAAAUGUAUCGAACUUAUUGACACUAGAGAUGGAACCAGAGUGGGCUUUGAUGAAAAGAUACUUAGGAAUUCAAUUAGGAAAAAAGCCUUUUACAGUAUGAAAAAUUGUUUAAAUUACAAAAUAUGUAUGUUUUAAGCAAAUAUUUUCUCAGUAUGAGUACAUUUCUCAUAGCAUUGUAUUGUAAGGUCAACUCUUGUUUAUUUAACAAUAAAGGCCUUGAAAAUUUAACAUGUGGGAGAUGUUGCAUGUAGAAAAUGCAAUGAAAAAAGAUACUAAUUUAAAAUGUUUACAUCCAAUUUGAUCAUGCAGUGUUUUGAGUAAAAAGUUAAAAAAAAUUUGUGGAUUUUUUUUUGCUCUGGUUUUUCAUAUUUUAAGGUUAUCUUAUUAUGCAAGGAUGGUUCGUUAUGUAAAAGAUGUAUGUGGAUCAGUAUGUCAUUGCAUCAGUUAUUUUGCCUGGUUUUUUUAAGAUGAAGUUUUAUUUUUAUUCUAUCCAAUAUGUUCAGUGCAAUUCCCAUGAAUUGGAAUUGCAAGUGAAUGAUUUAAGGACAAAAUGGUGACCUUUAAGUAGCAAUUUGUUUUUUUCCUUCAUUGAUGUAAAAUAUAUUUUUAUUUACAUAAAAAUAAGAAAGUUUUUAUUUAAAGAAACAAAACAUUCACAAGUUUUAAAGGGCUUCUGGAAAUGUGUAAAUAAUAUUUAACCACAUUUCAUCUUUUCCUUUGUCAGCGUAAAGUAAAUGCUCUGCUAUAAGUGUAGUGCGUGCGUGCAUAAAAGUAUUAUUACAAAAUGUAAAAUAUUUAAUAUUUGACUGAUUCCAGUAACUGUGAAAAUACUGCAUUUUGCCUGUGAGCUUUUGAACUGUUUUCUUUAUUACUCUAUUCACUUUCUUUGUAUAAGUUAUUAUUCUCUAUGAACUGCUUUACUUGUAUAUUAUAUUUGUUUGACUAAUUUUAACUUAGUAAUUCAGAAUCCUAGCAUCUUACUGAAUAUAAUCUCUGGUAUGGAAUAUGGUUUUCUUAUGCUUAAAACAGAAUCCAGUCUACAUUUUGGGAGUGUAGGGGCUUGAGGGUUUGUAUUCUAAAGAUAUAUUUUAAAUUUCAUUUUAUCAUAAUUAUUGGUAAACUUUUGGCAAAUAUGGCCUAGUUAUUUUUCACUGCCUAAAAAAAUUGCACUACUAAAUAUUUUGGUUUUUAAAAAAAUCACCCUUGUGUUGUCAGUUAUGAAGUAAACUAUUGUAGUUUGGGAAGCAAGGUAAGUGCAAUGUAAAGUCAGAGAGAAAAGUUGAAAUUUUGUGUUUAGUGUUGGUCAGGGACUGAGAUCAUAGAUUCAGAAAAUUCCCAGUCAUUUGCUCUAAAUCUCAUAUUUUACAGAUACAACUAAAACCCAGGGAAGUUACAUUACUUUGCUGAAGAUUAUGUUUGUAGAGCUGUAAGACCCAGGUCUCCACACUUGUAGCCACAUUGCCACCUCUACUCCCCUCCCCUUACCUUCUGUUCUAUUUUAUCAUGGUAUCAUAGAUUUGACAGCUGGAAGGAUCUACAGAGAACACCUUAUCCAAUUCCCCUGUUUUCCGUAUGAGUAAAUUGAAAUCCAUAGGGGUUCAGUGACUUUCCCCAGGUCCCACAGGCGGUAAUUUGCAGAGCUGGGACUCUGAAACAAGGUCCUGUGAACUCAAGUACAAUACUCUAUAUAGGAUAUACUGCCUUUCUUCAAUACAGUUAAACUUUUGGAUGUCUAUUCAAUUUGAAAGUAAUUAAUUCCUAUUUAUUUCCUGAAACAGCAUCAUUGAGUACUUGAGUCCUGUGAAAUUUUUUCAGAAGUAGGCAGUUAACUAACAUUUGAUAUUGUGGAGUGGUGGAAAAUGAAAUUUCACAGAUGCCCUUAUAUCUGACUCCAGAUUCCUAAAAAUGAUACUUCACCAAGCACAAGAAGGCUUUCAAUAUGCCUGAUUUUUUUUCCUACUGUGGCUAUUAAUUUACAUGUUUCCCAUGGAAUUUUUUUUUAAAUGAAACAUUUUAGUACUAGCAUAUAAGUUACUUCGCAAUUGUCAGGCCAAUUUAAUGUAAUUGUUUAUUGGGGAAAAAAGACCAUUGGAAAAAAAUAGGCUACAGGUGAGUUGCUGGUCUGCAUAUAUAUAAGCCUAGAGUCAGGAGACUUGGUUUUUGGUCCUGGGCUUGCCGAUGAUUAGCUGUGUAAGUUUAAGCAAAGCAUGUGACCUCUCUGGGCCUCGAUACCCCUCAUACAUAAAAUAUGGGGUUUCACUAGAGGAUUUCUUAGUUGCCUUAUAGCUCUAACAGUCAAUGAUUCUAAGUGAUCUUACACUCCUUUAUAUGAUUUAUACACAAAUAUAUGCGUGUGUGUGUAUAUAUAUGUACAUAUACUCUUUGUAUAUUAUCUUUCAUAUACAUGAAGCAUUGCUAUCAAGUAGACUAGGUGUUAAGGGACCUUUUCUUUCAAAUUCAUCAUAGUGGGAAAAUUAAUUCUCUUCUAAAUCUUCACUAUGAAAGGCCUACUGGAUAUAGGGGUAGUCUCAGAGAUGCAGAAGAUCUGGGUUCAGGGCUUGUCUGGCAAACAUAACAAGCUGUGUUAGCAUGCAGUGGUCAUUUUGUGAGUCGUGAUUUGGGGCACUAAGAGGGUAACCCAGGUUACAGGUAAGUCACUGAUCUUCCUGUGCUCCUCCCACAUAGAUGAAAUUACAGGUCGAACCUCAUCCUCUGUUACCUAAAACAUCACAUGUAGAUUAAAUAAUCUAGGUUUUUACAAGUUAAGGACUUUUGUUUCUCAAGAACAGUGGUGUCAAACUGUUGGCCACAUAUUGACUUAGAAAACCAUAAAGUAAUAUUGUAUUUUUAUUUACUUUGUUAAACAUUACAUUUUCAUCUGGUUCAGGCAACGCUUGGGGGACAUUUGCAGGGAGUUUGCCACCUCUGCUCUACAAAAACAAUUUGAAUAUAGGGUAGUUGUAGGUACUUUUAAUACCAUGAAAACUUAAAGUUAUAAAUGUGUAGAUAUAUAUGGUUACAAUAGACUUCAGUGUGUUUAUAUGACGUAUUUUAAGAUUAAAAAUGGAUUGUUUUUAAUGCUGUCAGUAAAAGCUAUUACACAUUAGUUUUUUAAUAUAUUUGGUUAUAAUCAUAUUCUAAGUCAUCUUUACUAAUACUCUGUGUAUUUUACUGUAUUUAGUGACUAGUAUGUCUUGUACAGUGGAAAAAAACCCUAGAUUUAGAGUCAAGAGGCCUUUGUUCAUAUUCCAGCUCUAUCAAUUUAUACCUGUGAUCAUGGGCAUUUAGCCUCUUCGGGUCAGUUUUUUCAUGUCUAAUGUGAAGGGGUUGGCCUAGACAGCCUCUGAAGCCCCUCUUCUAGUUCUAGAGUGCUGAUCCUAAGGUAAAUGGCUAAGGUUUUCUGUAUUAUUGGAAUUUAUUCUAAAACUAACAAUAAACAUUACAUUACAGAUAACAAACAGCAAUGUAAAACAGGGUUAUCAUAAUACAGAAAUUGAAAUUUAGCCAAAAUUUGACUUUUAUUUACAUAGAACUUAACAGACACAGCCUUGGAAUUUACAUUCUGUAAAAUGUGGCUGAUACUCCAGUGCAUUUUAUCAGUGAUCGAGUGGAAGCCAUUACUGCACCUUUCAAUUUUUGGUUUUUAACUCAAUAGUUGAGUUUAGAAAAUAUGAACUUGCUACCAGAAUGACUUAAAAUCCUGGCCACAGAUAUUCGGUUUGUCUUAAUUUAAGUGUAGAUUGGCUAGAAUAUAUUUAGAUCAUUGUCAUGGAAAAUUUACCUAAAUUUUCUAAAAGUUUAUUGUUUCCUUCAUGGAUUAGCCAAUUGAAUACCAUAGCUAACAACUAUGUAGAAAUAUAUUGGUUUGUGUUGUAGUUUGUUUAAAAUAAUUAGUAUUAAAGUUGAAUAUUGAUAUAAGUGCUUUAUGAUGUGACAAAAGAAUUAAAAUGAAUGACUCCUGAAUGAAAUUAGUAAGCAUACACUUGGAGCUUUGCAAUAAGAUGAAAUUCUGUGUGGAACACAAACUGAAGGAAAAGCAUAAGGGGCUGGCUGUCAAUAAACCAGUCUUAAAUCUGUUCAAAAUUCUGGUUUAAAAUACUCUCAUCUGAUAAAAAAAUCCAAAUUCUUUUAGAAAAUAAUUGCAAACUGCAAAGCAUUAAACUUAAUUAUUUGGGCUUUGCUAAGAAAAAUUCUAAUGUAUGUAAAAUGAAGGAUAAGUUGGAUGUGAUAAUGACAAUAGAAGGAAAACAUAGCAUAUGCAGACUUACUUUUUCCUGCACCUAUUCUAUGGAAGGACAAAAGAGUGAAUUAGAGAGCAAGACAAGGGUGUUCUCCAUUCUUUCAAAAGCAAGAAGGUAAAAGGACUAAAGGAAAGACUGGGAAGUUUUAAUGAGAUACCAAAUUGGAUCAUUUUGCUAAUUGUGUGAUAUUUAUGCUCAUAUUUGUCUCUUUGAAUGGUUAUAUUUUCAUGAAUUGAAAAAUUCAGUUAAUUUAUAUCACAGGCAAGAAAAGGUGUUAUUUUGGAUGAGGCACCACUGCCUCAAAAUUCCAAGUCAGUCAUAAAGCUCAAGAGCUAAUAGCCCAUAAGGGGUCAGGUACCCAACCACCCCAUUUUACCUAUAAGGAAGUUGAAGCCUAAUGACUUUCACAGGGUCACACUGAUAAGUAAGAGAUGACAGGUAAGAUCUGGACUCAGAUUGUGUAACUUUAGUGUUUUUUCCUCCUGUAUCACAGUAGUCUGAGAAAUGAAUAGGAUCAUAGGAUUUAGAAGGGGACUUAGAGAUCAUUUAUUACAGUAUGUCAUUGGCAAGGCAGAGAUGUGAGGUUAUAAGUGGACAAAUUGAGGACUAUAGUGGUUAAAUGACUAUGAUAUAGGCAGAGUAGUAGCCCUCAAAACAAAUACGUAUGAAAUACUAUAUUUUAAGAUCUUGUGCCACAUGUGUGAAUCUGACAUGUAUACAUAGGAGUUAAAUGGAGGUAAAGGAGAGCCCCAAAGUAUUAAAGGAAAAUGUGAAGAAUGCUCAGUGAAUGAGGGAAUGUUCGUUGUGAGGGGAGUUCUGAGCUUGGCCUUAGAAGUAGUUGAGGAUUUCUACAGACUGCAGUGAAGGGAUAUAUUCCAGGGAUGGGGAACAGCCUUCAUGAACUCAAGAAGAGAGGAAGCAGGAAUAGUAAAUUGGAACCAGAUGUUCAAGAUGCUAAGUAUGGGAGGUUCCACUUCUAGUCAAUAAAUAAAUAGCCACUGAAAGUUUCCGGAGCAGAACACUGGUUAGACCUGCACACUACAAAGGAAACAUACCUUCUGGGAUGGCCAAUAGAGGAAGUUGUUUUCCUUAACUAUGCACAGGAAUCUAUGAAUGAGACUCCAGAUGCAGGGAAACUAAUGAGGCUGUUCCACAGGUAAGAGUUAAUGAUUUCACAAAUGAGGGUAGCGGCAGUAUAUAGAGGAGGUGAUAGGAAAGAUGUGAAGGUACACUUGACAGGAUUGGAACCAAAGGGGUUGAGGGAUAAAUUGAACAGAUUUUAAGGUUUUUACCUUGCAGAAUGACAUUUGAAUGUGAAGUUCUGGUAGUUCUUUCAAAUUUUGUUUCAAAUCCAUGCUUUGUAUUAUGACUUCUACUGUGUUAUUAUUAUCCUUGAUAAUAAUGAAAGUUAUCAAGCAGUAAAUCAAGUUUAUAAUAUAAUCUACGUAAAUCUUAAUGUAAACACAGAUUGUUAUAAUACUUAAUUCACUGUAAUGUAGGUCCCUGGACCUGUCAAAGUGGUGUUUUAAUACAGACUCCAAAAUAACAAAUGUGAAGUGCUAGUCUAUCUGGUUUUGCUAAGAGAUUUUCAAACUCAUGUACAUUUCUUAAAAUAUAAUAGUACUUUAGAAAUAAUUUGGUAGGAAUAGAAAAAAGUGAACCAGUUUAUUUUACAAAAUUUAUCUUCCAGAAUAAAAAACAUCUCUUGAAGCUUGAUUUUGUCAAAA